AAAUCAGAACGUCGUCGAUAAAAGUUCAGAAAGUAACGAACGAACGAAAGAAGCAACACGAACGAAUAUUUUUGGUAAAGGUUAUCAUGUCUCGAUUUCUCGUAGCGUCCCUCCUUCUCGCUAUGGUCCUCGUUGUCUCUAGCCAAGAGUGUCCAUUGGUAGAUUUGAGAUGUGAAGUGAAUUGCGAACCAAAGUGUCCGUCUCCACUUUGGUUUCCAAUUGGCAACUGCACCAGCACCAAUUGCGGUCCAGUCACUGGCGGUUUAGUCUCGUCCCCUUGUCCAUGUGGUAAAGGCACGUCUAGAAAUCUCAUAACUAACGAAUGUGUACCGGUGGAAGACUGUCCCAAAUUAGAAAUACAUAAUGUAAAUGUAUCUCGCAACUCAUAAAUGUCCAUUGUCAAACGACAAUGAUGUGUCAAUAAAAAACUUUCUUUGAGGAAUAUUCAUCCCACUGGCGCUU